AGUCUCUGUGUCAGGGAGCCUGUAGACCCAACAAUGGGGAAAGAAGAUAGCAAAGUUGUAGUUUUGGCUUUUUGGGCAAGUCCUUACGCGAUGAGGACGAAGAUUGCGUUGAGAGAGAAAGGAGUUGAGUUUGAGGUUCAAGAGGAAGAUCUGUCGAACAAGAGUGAGCUGUUGUUGAAAUCAAACCCUGUUCACAAGAAAGUCCCUGUUCUUAUCCACAACGACACACCAAUCUCUGAAUCACUCAUCCAGGUUCAGUACAUCGACGAGACAUGGACCGAUGCUGCAUCUUUCUUACCCACUGAUCCUCAAUCUAGAGCAACUGCAAGGUUCUGGGCUGAUUUCGCUGAUAAAACGAUUUCGUUUGAAGGAGGGAAAAAGAUUUGGGGAAACAAGAAAGGAGAAGAACAAGAGAAAGGCAAGAAAGAGUUUCUGGAGAGCUUGAAGGUUCUUGAAGCUGAGCUUGGAGACAAAUCUUACUUUGGAGGAGAGACCUUCGGCUAUGUAGACAUAACUCUUGUUCCAUUCUACAGUUGGUUCUACGCACUCGAGAAAUGUGGUGACUUCUCUGUCGAAGCUGAGUGUCCGAAGAUCGUGGCUUGGGGAAAGAGAUGUGUUGAACGCAACAGCGUUGCUGCUUCAUUGCCUGAAUCUGAGAAAGUUUAUCAACAAGUCCUUAAGCUCAGACAGAUUUUUGGUGUUGAAUGAAUGCAUUUAAAAAAAAACAAAGACUUCUUCUAAAAAAACAAAUACAACACCUAAUCUUGAUGAUGUUUUCACUUUUUCAUUUUUCUGUUUGAUCUUUGUUUGUUUUUCGCUUCUGGUGUAUGCAUGAUUCAUCUAUUUAAAUGGUCUAUGGAGAUGUUUUACUAACA